UACAAUUUCCAGAAAAUUAUUCAGUGGAGUGAAAGGCCUAUUCAGUAUCUACCUGUAUGUGACUUUAUCUUCUUGAAGUUUUUUCUGUCUUGUUUCCUGACAAGUUUUAGCACUGAAUUGAAUGUGAGUCAUUCUUUGUCAGCAACCUUCCUGGUGAAUGAUGAGAGGCCAUGUCCAAUGGAGAUAGUUACGUUCACCUGUACUUCUCCUGGAACUCUCAUAAGUUGGUCCCUAUCUGAUCUUUCUGUAAAUAUCAUUGUUGAUCGUGGGAUAAAUGAACUCAAUAUGGCUCUGAUGCAACAAGGUUACACUGUGACACUGACUGCUUUCAACAAUACUAGUUUAACAUCCACCCUCUCAAGAACAGCCGAGAAUGGAGUCAGAGUGACUUGUCUGGACCCACCGAAUGAUGAGAUAGGAUCAACGACCAUUCAGUUGGCUGUUCCCCCUUCUCCUCCUCAAAGAGUUAGUCACUCUGUUGAGAGCAGUUCAGCAGAUGAAGUCAGUGUGACUGUUGGUUGGGACUCUCCUACUGAGACUGGUGGUAGAGAUGACCUCACCUACACAGUGACCAUCUCACCUCCGGCCCAGCUCUCUGCUACUGUCCUCACAUCCACCUCUGUCACUGUGACAGUUCUAUACAAUGUGAACUACACUGUCAGUGUUAUGGCUAUCAACUGUGCUGGGAACAGUACAACUGCUGAGUACAGCUUUAUGAUUGGCAGCUGUCCUGUGUUGACCAACCCCAUGAAUGGAGUGUUUGGAUCAGUCUUUAGCAGAUUGCCAGGAUCCACAGUAACAAUCCAGUGUGAUGCUGGGUAUGUGUCUUCUGUUAUGAUGGUGACAUGUGAUCACGGUACACUAUUGUGGAACCCAAACUCUGAAACUAUCGAGUGUGGUAAAUUGCAACAAACCCAGGCUCCUCCAACAACUACUCUUCUAAUGAGAUGCACUGCUCAACUGGACCCACCACAGAAUGGUACCAUUACCAGUGAUCAUUUUUUACCAGCUAUUCCUGGUGCACAAGGGUCCUUUCAGUGUGAUAAUGGACUGUUUCCCGAGGGGAUAUUGACUUCCACCUGUCUCACUACAGGAGAGUGGGACAGGAACCCAGGAGAGAUUGUCUGUAGAGCUCAAUCCCCAACUCUAUUCACUGGUACUGAUCUUGGUAUUGCUGUUUCCGUUAGUGUGGUUGUCACGGCAGCUCUGUUCACGAUCAUUGGAUUCCUCGCUGGACUCUUAGUGAUGCACCUUCGCUACCAUAAGAAAGCACUGCAUUUUCCAGCAGCUGAAGGACAAGCUAAUGCAAGAUCUACUGUACUAAUUGGUCCUGUGUAUGAGGAGGUGUCACCUAAAGAGGAGAUUGAACUGAACACUAACCAGGCGUAUGGACCAUUAUAGAACUGUGAAACUCAUUUGCUCAUCUGCAUAGCAUUUAACCAUACAAGGGCCAAAGGUCCAUUAUCAAGACAUUUCUCUUUUGUCUUUGUACAAUUGAAAGUGAUCGAGAUUGUGUAAUGACUAUCAUACUUAUAUAGAAGCCAAAACAAACAUUAUCA